AUGGAGAAGUUCCGCACGAUCGCGAACCAAUUCGGUCUCUCACGCUUGUACAAGGGUCGCCCGAGCACGGUUCCUGAUGCCGAGCUCGAUGUCACGUCUUGCCUGCCUGCUGACAAACCCUCUCGACAUGCCAAAACACGUCGCACCAUCAGCGAGAUCAUCGCUCCUCUCCCGAACCUGAGUGCAUGGCGGCAGUACCACCACUUCUGGAGCUACCCGAUGCAGACCCGUGCAUCGCGUGCCGCGAUGCAAGAGAUUCAACGCCAACCAGACUUCUCUUCAGCUGAUGCUGCAGCAGCCAAUUACGACAAGGUCGAUGCAAUCCUCACAGCCAAGCAACCGUGGACCGAUGCCGCGGAAGGCUGGAGACAGGCGAGCAUCACGAUCGGGAUUCCGUCAGGUCAUCGCUCCACGGAGGCAUCACGGCGCAGCGAGUACACGGCGCGCCAGCGUAUUCGUCGCCACGAACCAGUCGAGGAGGUUCCGGCGGAGCACUCAGUGGCGGGCGAUCACUUCACUAUCCCCGCAUUCUUUUAUCAGCCGCUGGUCCCACUCAUCGACAAGGUCUUCGGCCAGUACAGCAUCUCCCGGAACUUCCACUAUCACCCCUUCAAUCUCACGUACCUACCCCCUGAUGCUCCCACAGGGUCAUUGCCCGAGAACGUCCACGGCGAGCUCUAUACAUCGAAAGCAUGGCUCAACGCAGAGUUUGAGCUUCAGAACUCUCCGCGCGUCGAAGGCUGCGAUCUGCCACGUGCAAUCGUUGCCAUGAUGUUUUAUUCGGAUUCAACAAACCUAGCACAGUUCGGAAACGCAAAAGCUUGGCCAAUCUACAUCUUCUUCGGCAACCAGUCCAAGUACGACCGUGCCCGACCUGCUACGGCUGCUGGAUAUCAUAUUGCAUAUCUUCCUUCACUCCCCGAUAGUAUCAAGGACUACAUCCGAAAAUUACAUGACGGCAAAUCUGCCAAAGGCCCGCUCUUGACGCACUUACGCCGUGAGCUGUUUCACGCCACCUGGGCGAUCCUUAUACAGGAUCCCGAGUUCUUAAAUGCGUACAAAACCGGGAUUGUGGUUGAUUGCACCGACGGUAUCAAACGGCGUCUGUACCCACGUGUCUUCACAUAUUCAGCAGAUUACCCUGAGAAGGUGCUGGUCGCGACGAUUCGUGACAAGGGCUUAUGCCCAUGCCCCCGAUGCCUUGUCAAGAUGGACGAAAUCCCGGAGCUAGGGACUCCUGCCGAUCGUGUUCGCAGGGAGGAAACUGCACGCCGUGAUGAUGCUACCCGACAAAGGAAGGUCGAUGAGGCCAUUUCUCUUAUCUACGACAAGGGGUACGUCGUGAACAGCGACCGAGUGGAGAAGGAAUUGAAGGGCGAGUCGCUUAUACCAACACAGAAUGCAUUCUCCGACAUCGUGGAGAACUUCUUUGUCCUUCUAGUUGUCGAUCUCCUGCAUGAGUUCGAACUCGGCGUCUGGAAAGCAGUGUUCACGCACCUCAUCCGCAUUCUGGAGUCUCAGCCUGGAAACCUGGUUGAUAAGCUGGACGAGAAUUUCCGACGUGUCCCUGGGUUCGGUACCUUCACGAUCCGAAAAUUUGCGGCGAAUGUGUCCGAGAUGAAGAAGCUCGCCGCCCGUGACUUCGAAGACAUCCUUCAGUGCGCUAUACCGUGUUUCGAAGGACUUCUGCCAGAGCCGCACGACAGCAAUGUCCGCAUAUUGCUCUUCACACUCGCAUACUGGCAUGGUCUCGCAAAACUCCGCAUGCACACUGACUCUUCGUUGGCUUUACUCGACACAGCUACGACUGCACUUGGUGAGGCUCUGCGACAAUUCGAAGCGGUAACUUGCCCUGCCUUUACUACCCAGGAGUCAUCGGCUGAGUACAGCAAACGAAUGCGCAAUCAUGCCCGGCUCGUAACCAGAGGUCUCGCCCCAGCCCAAUCUGCUCCGUCUGGUCGGCGGCCGCGCACUUUCAAUAUGAAGACGCCGAAGACGCACUUCCUUGGCGAUUAUGUCGCAAACAUCCGUGCAACCGGAACAACAGACUCUGGGUCAACACAGGCGGGCGAGUUCAAGCACCGUGAUAUCAAGAGGCGCUAUGCUCGUACCAACAAGAAGGAUGCGGAUGAACAGCUCGUAGCGCAGGACGUCAUUACCUCCAAACUGAACCACAUGGCUGAUGAGCUCCACGACAUCGGUGUCGAUGUUCCGAGUACACGCUCAACAGUCCAGCUUAUCGAUGACGAGGCCACAGACCCGUCUGCUGUGCAAGAGCAUCAUCGUAUUGCCGUCGAGCAACGUAACACAGUCUAUCUUAGUCAACUCAUCGCUGACCACCCCGACGACCCUGCUCUGCACUCGUUUGUGCAUGACCUCAGGACGCAUCUCCAUUCUCGGCUUCUGGCAACAGAUCCCUCGUGGCCUGCAGAUGCUGCCCUAAUCCUGGAUCGUAACUGUCUCUUCGCCCAUGCUACAGCACGUGUCAACUUCACUACCUAUGACUUACGUCGAGCACAGGACAUCAUUCAUGUCGGGACCGAUAAGUGCUUUGUCAUGGUGCACACACCUGGGAGCGCUGACGGCUCACUCUAUCCGUGGACAUAUGCGCAGGUCCUUGGCAUAUACCAUGCUAACGUCCUUCGCCCAGGCUCAACUAGCAAGCUGCGGAUGGAGCUCCUCUGGGUCCGGUGGCUCGAACACGACCAAACUUGGUCAAGCUCGGCAAACGACUUUAGGCUUCCCCGGGUCUCUUUCUUGCCGUCCACGUCCCCUGAUGCAUUUGGCUUCAUAGAUCCUGCUGAUGUUCUUCGUGCGUCGCAUCUGAUUCCUGGUUUUCACUAUGGCCGAACGUUCUCGCUGCUUGGCCCCUCUCUCGCUCGCAAUGUGGCAGGAGACUGGCGUUAUUAUUAUGUCAACAGGUUUGUUGACCGAGACAUAGUCAUGCGCUACGUGGGCCUAGGAGUUGGCCACCUGACAUGUCGUGCUCAAACGGUGGACAAGCUCGAUGUCGAAAUUGUGUUCUCUGCAUGCACUGCCGACUCGGAACCGCCAUCGUCUCCCCAAGUCGGCAGUGCCGAGUCCGAGUCAGCAACUGAUAGCAGCAUGGUUGCAUGCCCUCUGGAUGAAGAAGACGAAACGAGCCAAGACGAGUAUAGCUCCGAUGAAGAUCGACUACUCGCCGACCUGCAAGGCGAUGAAUCGGAUGCUAGCGCCUUCGAAGACGACCUCUAG